AUGGGACGCGGCUCGACGGUCAAUGACGGCGCAGAGGUUAAGCUUGAUCCCAACUACUUUUGCACGCGAGCGCCCGCCGUCGUCGCCAAUAUUCACAACAAAAUGGCAUUUACAGUCAAGAGAACACUUAUGAACCCAAAGUUUGAUGGCUACAAGCUGGCCGCGCUCAGUGAAGCAGACGUCGUGCACGCUCUACUACUCCCAGCAGACGGUCUCUCGCAGGCGACAGUCGCUGCAGGUGCCUACUUGUCCUUUCAAGAGGUUCAGAACCGUAUCCGCCACAAUCAUCUGUCCCCUGGGAUCGGCUCGCAAGGCUCAGCCACCCUAGGUUACAUCGACAAGGCAGGGAUUUUUACCAUCAUUGAGAUCGACAGGUCAACCUUGACCGUUCGAUUUCGAUCUGUGUUUGAAAUCCCUCAGGUCAUCAGGAGUUCACAAAGAGGCUCAGAGUAUCCUGUCGCAAUCUGUGCAGCACCCGACAUCUGGGUCAUCUCAGACGGCGGCGGUCAGCUCUUUGUGGUGCGAACCCCACAAACAGCAGACCAGGCAGAGCUGUUAGCUCAGCACGACUAUAUCGUCGAUAACGAACCAAAACCCUGUAGAAUGCAUGCAGCGUGCAUGCGUAACGAGUCAAUACUCAUCAUUGUGUCCAGCCGAGGUCAGGUCGAAAAGGCCGCCAGUGGCAGGCCCUCGUUGACCUUUCAUCUGGCAACGUUGCGAAUUCUCAUUCCAGAUGGGCCACCAAUGGACACCAGAUCUUCUCCUGUAGAGAUUCUGUGGACGAAGCGAAGCACAGAUAUUCCUUCGUACGUGAGCUCCAUCGCAGACAAUUGGCUCAUUUGCGCUGGGAGCACGUUCGAAGACGUUUUGGACCCAAUCGUCGUACCGAUGGAGGAUGUACCUAUGGUUACCUUGCCAGACACGCAGCCCACUGGCAAGCCACCCCCGCCGUACUCGUGGACUCAAACCAAUGACUCGCUGACCAUCGCAAUUCCUCUUCCUUCUACUACGCCAAAGUCCCAUAUCCACGUCUCCAUUGCGCCAAAAUACCUGAGCGUGCUGAUCAAGGACGCUGAAGACUCCCCUUUCCCGAUUCCUCGAUACGCGAUGAAAGAGCUCUGGGACCAUAUCGAUAAAGAGACCAGCCUCUGGACUUGGGACAAACAAGGAGAGCGCACAGUAGGACUCUUGACCCUUCAUCUCGAAAAAAAGAACGAAGGGACCAAAUGGCCGCACGUCUUUGCUCAUGAUGGGACUAACCCCGACUCGGAAGAAGUACCAGAGACUGUAGAUCCAUCGGAAAUGUGGAAGAUUCGCGAAGCACUUGAAAAAUACACAUCAGACCUGCAGGGCAACGGCGAAUUUGGGACUGAGAUGCCGAGUCUCGCUGCUGGUGAAUUGGACCCUAGUGUUGAUACAGAAGUUGGCCGGAGAAUGACCGUGUCGUACUUUGACGUUCUCACUGGACAAGAGGCGUCGCCUCACUCAGCAUAUGAAGAAAUCCUCGCCUUCCCCAUCCCUUCCACCAUAUCCACUCUUAGCUCAGAGACAGAUGCACGAUCUAUGGUGAUCAAACGCGGGAUCGACGGACUAUUGUUCGAAGGCCCAGUCGUACCUACCGUCGAACCUUGGGAACACACCACAACAUUCCCAGCACUCGGUUUUGUACUCGCCAGCAAGCGUGAUCUGCGGUACGCCUUUCACCUUGGGAAAGCUGCCAUCGUAGCGCUGGAAAGUGGCGGCAAGGACGUCAAUCCUAACAUGUACAUCUACUAUGCGGCCAAAGGAGCACCCAAUGCGAGACAGAGCGUGGUCAGACUAGGCAGAGAUGGAUCUGCUGGAUCCUUGGUUGGAGUAGCCCUGGUAGAGACAGAAAAGGGGUUGGUCCUGGUUGGUCUUCGUGAACGAGAACUUGUACUUGUUUGCGACUUUCUCUGA